CGGCGGGGUGUCGGUGUUGGACCUGUGCUGCUACAGCGGGGGCUUCGCACUGGCGGCGGCGGCAGCGGGGGCGAGCCGGGUUGUAGGAGUGGAUUCGUCCGAGGAGGCGAUCUCGCUGGCAAACGCCAACGCCGCACUCAAUGGCUUUUCGUCUUCUUCCGCGUCUUCGUCGUCGUCUUCACCAACCGCCGCGUCAACCGCCAGUCCAACCGUUUCGUUCGUACGAGCCGACAUCAGCGAUUACAUGAAGGCGGCGAUUGCGGAGGGACAGUCGUACGACAUUGUGGUUUUGGAUCCACCCAAGCUGGCGCCGGAUCGCAAUUCGCUGGGACGCGCAAAAGCCAAGUAUCUCCGCCUCAACUCCGCGGCCAUGCGGCUGGUGCGGCCGGGGGGGCUGCUCAUGACCUGCUCCUGCAGCGGAGCCAUGACGCAGAGCGGGCAGUUCACGGAGGUCCUUCUGGAGGCAGCGAGACAGGCUGGUCGCCAGGUGCGGGUGCUGCGGCACGCCGGCGCCUCCCCCGACCACCCGCUGCUGCCCGCCUAUCCGGAGGGGGAGUACCUGACCAACAUGACGCUGGCGGUGGUGUAGGCGCGAGCGGCGUGGGGCAGGGGAGGUGGUGUGGUGUGGUGGGGCGUGGUGUGGUGUGGUGUAUAGG